ACGAACAGACGUCGGUGGUGAAGGUUGCGCAGCCAUGAGUGUCCAGAGUGUGUUCGUCGUAGCAGCCGUGCCGCUGCCCGCAGAGGUCGGCGUCGAAGAGAAGAAGUCAGCGUUCUGGCUCAACAAGCUGUUCGGGUCCGGACGCAAGCGAAAAUUGUCCAGAGAUAUAGGGACAUCGAUCACCGAGGAGCAGUUGUACCAGGAGUCGCCUCCGGCCUCCCCGCGCAGCCCGGCCGCCUGUGCCCGCGCGCCCGGCGCCCUGCCCGACCUGGUGACCUGCUGCCAGCGGCGCCCCCAGUCGCCAGUCGUGUUCACCUUUCCGGAGGUGGGCGGCGGCGGCGGCGGCGGCUCGGCCGGCUCGCCGCCGGAGCCCAGCCCAGAGCUGCGCUGCCGCCUGGCCGGCCUGGACGGCACUCCCCGCGGCGGCGGCGGCGGCGGCGGCGGGAUGGUCGCCCCCGCCCCCGCCCCCGCCGCCGCCGCGGCGCACGUCGACGACGAGCUGCGGGAGGUGGGCCGCUGCCUGCGCCGCUGUGCCGACGAGUUCGAGCUGUCGCGCCGCGACCGGCCGUCAUCGUCUCCCUCACCGUCUGCCCCGUCGUCAUCGUCGCGGCGCGGCCGGGGCCGGCCGGUGACGGUGGAGCGGCUGGCCGCCGGCGCGCUGGUGGCCGCCACCGCCGUCUGCGUCUGCCGCCGACUCUAUAACUAGCCGCCGCCGGACCGGCACCAGCGACUCGGCCUGGUGCCGCCCGCGCCACUGGUGAUGCCUUGUGAUGUAUGUGGCCGUCGGGUAUGUGUCGUGUGUGCUCGAUCUCAGUGUGUGUACGCCGCGUCGCGAUUUAUUAUUAUAUUCCUGCGCGCUUCGCGCAGCGGUGGCGGAUGGACUCGCUCGUUUUAAAAUAAGUGUCUGGGAGGGAAGCGACGGGCAUUUUUGUUGAAUUGAUCUCCAGCGCUGCCAAAUGAUCUCCGGCGCUGCCAACCGACGCAGGUCACGUGACCCCGGCCCUGCCAUGUGGCGCAGAUCACGUGACUCUCACGGAGCAAUACAAUCCGCGUAUGUCUUUCCACGGCUAGCAGUAUCAGUCAUGUCCCGUUCGUCUUUCACCUGGUGAUUCGUAUGUAAAUACACAGGUAUCCCAG